GUUCAAGAAGAACGGCUACAGGGCCAUGAAGAUGCGCACGAAGGCAAACCUGGACGGGCAGAUGGUUGAGCUGGAGGGCCUGCGCAAGGAGGAGCAGGUCCGCGCCGAGCAGGAGCGCGAGCGCCUCAGGGUCACCAUCGAGCGGGACGCCGAGCUGACUCGGAAGGAGAACGAGGUGGAGAUGGCCAAGCGUGCCAA